CGAAAAUCGCUGGAAACGAAGCUACAAUAGUAACAUAUCACAUUAUUUCUGUUCUACAAGCGUUCAUCCCUAAAAUCCGUGUGCUCUUUGAGCCACUUGGUCCAUAAAUUCACAGCAAAUAAUGAAUCCUUUGGCAUGCGAUAAACGACCUCAGCCAAUGGGAGGCUAGCACUCGCUCGAGCUUCGACAAAUGCACACAAGUUCUUCAGACUGAUGCCAGAAGCCUCGACAAUGAGUACUCGCAGGUCGGCCCACUGGUUGCCGGUCGAUAGGGACUCCAGGUCAGGGAGAUUGACGGUCCCUCGUAUGCGAAGUCUGGAGAUGGCCGGGAGCGUGUUCUUCAGACCAGGUAUCGCCGUCGAGUCUUCGAUGUCGAGUGAUGUGACUGUAGGGAACUGCAUGUCCUGCUGCGCGAGAUCUGUAGCGAACUGCGGUGCUUCGUCUAGGAUCGUGAUCUGUCGGAGUGGAGCGCAUCGGAACGCCGCAAGGACACUGGGUCCUGCCCAACGAUAUCCGAUGAAGAGGGAUGUGACGCAAGAAACGAAGCUGGCAAGAGACACAGCCUCAUCGGGGGACGGUCUGAGUUCGGCUGCGAAACCGCGGAUCGCCAGAAGGCGAAGGGCCGAGGUCUCCCGAACCUCCUCUACUGCCCAGAAUCUUAGCAGUAUCUUGAGCCCCGGAAGACCUCGGUCAUUGACAAACGCGCCGGCGUCGAGAUCGAGCACCUCGAGUUUGUGGACAAAUUCGGCGGGAUCGGGAUGCUGAAUCCCCACUCCACCAAGAACGAGGGAUUUCAAGAGGGGCGAAUGGCGAAGUUGGAUGGAAGAAUGAAAUUGCCGUUGAGACGAUGUUUCGGGCCCCGAAGCAUGGAGCUCAAGGUAUUCCAAGCGCGGCGCAUAAGCAGGUGCCACUUGGAGACCCAAGUUUUCGAACGUGGAUCUAGUCAGAUCGAGCGCGAGAGAGCGUAUUCGUCCAACAGACCCCCAAAUAAGAAAGAGAAUGGGCCACAUUCCGUUCGUCUCCUUCAUCGUAAGAGAAACGUCGAGCGAGAGAUCCUUCGAGCGGCGCAAACAUUCAUCCACCAUCUGAACAUGUAGUGGUUGGACUCGGGAUAUAUAAAUUGAGGUCCAGAGUUCGGGAAGAUUCUGGGAGAGUGUGCGCCAGAGUCCGCAGAUGCGAGUGAGGGUAUAGACCCUCAUUCCUGAAGGCCUCUGAUCUGCGUCAUGGAUACAAAACCAUUCGAAGAUCUGGCAGAGCAGUUCGGGUGCGAGAUCGGAUAUGCUAAUGGGCUUGACAGCUGUGAAUAGAUGACUUGGCUUACCGUGCAUGGUUCGGUCGUGGUCGGGCGCAAGGGACAGUCGUGUUCGGGCAUCACCGAGGAAUGCAGAUGACGUUCCAUGCCAGUAAGCUGUCGUCGCAUCGUGCCGGGGGCGGCUUGUUCGCCGAUCUCUGCUCGGCGGGAUCCGGAGCUGAGAGACUUUGAUUAGGUCAGUCACGUCAGAUAGCGUCCGCGGAGCUCGAGAACGCGGCGACUGGCGAGGCUUGAAUUCGAGUGAGUCAUUCCUCGCGUCUCAGAGCGAACAAGUGUAGCUUUCGGCUCCUCAACUUAGCGACAUACAUAGUGCUCCCCUCUACGUUUUAUUACAUGUGCGACUAGCAUAGGCCCCAGGCAAUUCCGGCCCGACCAUGGCUACCACCGCACUAACCAAAUCGGGAGGAGGCUGAAGAGCAGGGGGAACGAUGGAUGGACUGAUGGCGAUGACAAGUCAGACGGACCGCGUGAUAGUGAUAACUCGGUGAGUCGGGUCAUUCUACUCCCAUCUUCUUCCUUCUGCCACUAUUCUCAGCCCCUUUCCGACUUUAUCUUCAGCUUCUCUCUCAUUUUCAUGCAUCGAUGCCCAACCCAGAGGUGUCGGGGCUCUGGUGCUGCUUUCGAAGGCGAGGACGGCGCAGUCGCGUCCGGGAUGUCGAAGAAGCGGUCAUCCCGGACGAACGUACGCGUCUGAUGAACAACCAAUCUGACUCCGAUGCGAUACCUGGGCCAUCGGGGGAUUGUGUUGCUGCCCAGAGCGCGCUCAAUGAACGGCUCGAAAGGAUUGUCCGUGCGAAGGAGAGCAAAAUGGUGAAUAUAGCCUCUCGGGCGCCGUUCGACAUAUGCGAGGUGUCGGAGUCUGAUGAGGGCGCGACGCCAGUCCCGGAAGUGCUAGAAGCUCCGACAGCCCCAGACACCGAUGGUCAUGUCCAUCAGGUGGAUCCCGUGGUCUCACUGACUGCGUUUUCGCGGCCGGGCCCGCCACCCGCAAGCCACAUCAACCGCCGGCCACCUAUUCUUACGAUGACACCCGCGCAUUCCCAGACGAGCAUCCUCUCACCGCAUUACUCAGCCCCACGCACCGCCACUACCGAAGACAGCCGGUCGCUGAGUCGCGGCUCGUCAAGAUCCUCCUCGCGCAAGCGAUACGUUACAGCCUUCUACAGAUUCCCAGUGCCACCUGCGUCUGAUGCAGCUCUUCAAAAUCGGGGCUUCCCCGAAAAUGUGUCGAGAGUUUCGCUUGAUUCGCUAGCUGACGAGCAUUUCAACCACACACCGCGACCGGCUGCGGCUGCGGAGGCCCAGUCUCACUCGGGAAUCACGCUUGAAUGGUAGACCUGAUCCCUUCUCCGCCACGACCUUCUUGUUUUAUUUUCACACACGUUCACUUUAUAAGGACCUCAGUUCACACGUUUGUAAUCCAUAAAGUAAAGGACUGGACACAUAAGUACGAAACACUUGACGAUGUAACCCUACUCUAUCUCGCUCACUCCAUCAUUUAACCCUCCGUCAAUAAAGAAAUUAUUUUUCGGACGCUUCUGCGAUACACGGUUGACCUAAUCGCAACCUAACUGAAGCAGCCGCUCG